AUGGCACCGCAUAGUGUCAGUCCACCACCCCGGGCUUUCGGACACGGAACAGAUUCCCCGCCCCACACUGAUACGAGGAAUUGUCUGCCACGAAACGCUCCAUGCCUUUCGUAUUGGCACAGGACGACCAGGGCUUUUAAGUAUCUCACCGCUAAUGCUGAGUCAACAGUACCAGCAUCUUCCCUGUAUGUGAUUAUUGGAUCUGGAAUAUCCGGCGCUUUGACUGCAUUCUCUCUGAUUGAAAAUGGUGUCAAAGGUGAAGAUAUUGUUAUCUUGGAAGCCCGUGAAGCAGUCUCGGGGGCCUCUGGGCGAAAUGCAGGGCAUGUGAGGCCUGAUGCAUUUCGAGGGUUCCAGGCGUAUGCGGCAACGCAUGGUUCGGAACAAGCCAUCAAAAUCAUUAAGAACGAGAAACUGGUAUUUGAAAAGAUCGAUGAAUUUGUCAAGAAGCACAACGUGCAUUGUGACUUCCAUCCAACCACCACUUUUGACGUAUGCCUCACACCGGAAUUUGCGGCAUAUGAAGCCGACAGUUUCACGGCCUUUCAAAGAGCGGGUGGAGAUGUCGGUCAUGUGAAGUUCUAUCAGGGGGAAGAGGCACAAAGGCGAACUCGGGUACCUGACGCAGUAGCUGCAUAUGAAUGGCCUGCAGGAAGCAGCCAUCCUGCUAAGCUUGCACAAUGGCUUUUGAGCAAUUCGAUAGCCAAAGGGGCUAAAAUGUGGACUUACUGCCCAGCCACACAGAUUUUCAAGGGAACACAGGAUCACUGGGAAGUGCAGACGCCAAGGGGUACAAUCCAAGCAGAAAAGGUCAUUCACUGUACAAAUGCUUCAGCAGCAGCUCUUCUUCCACAACUCAGUUCUUUCAUCACGCCGAAUAAAGCGCAGGCACAUUCUGUGAUCCCCACUCGGGCAUUCUCAGGGGAUAAAGUGCUUGAAAGCACAAUGUCCUUGCGAUAUAGCAUGCACCAUUUUUACUCCUUAAUCCAACGUCAGGAUGACGGGACCAUCAUCCUGGGUGUUUCAAGAGCGAAUCCAGAGAUGAUUGCAGAGACCAAGGACCAGAUUGUGGGCUUUGAUGACUCUUCGGCCAACUCUGAGAUCGUUGAAGAUGCCAUGCGUAGGUUUAAGAUCAUUUUCCCCGAAGCCAACACGAAGACAAGACAUGGUGAGGGUCUCGAUUAUGCAUGGACAGGUAUCAUCGCAAUGACACCUGACUCUGUUCCUCUGGUCGGACCAAUUGAUGAGUUACCAGGACAGUAUAUUUGUGCAGGCUUUAACGGUCAUGGAAUGGCCCGCAUAUUCACAUGUGCUCCGGGACUUGCAAGACUAAUUACCGGAGGAUCGUGGGUAGAGACUGGUCUGCCAGAGUGCUUUCAAUAUAGUGUCGAAAGAUUGUCGAAAGCAUCUCAAAAGAGCAAGACGGAAAGUGCUUGGUGA